AUGAGAAGAAAAAGGUCAGGACUUGAAGGAACGGCAUUUGAACCCCCAUUCUACACUCCGAUUAUCGGAUCUCACGCAUACAAAAUUCCAGAAGAUGCCGAGACUGAGUUACUCGAGAUCUAUACCAAGCUAACAGAGGAAAAGCCUGACAUCGAGGUCGCCGACCUGCAAUUAAUACUGGAAACUGAGUUUCAGAUACCGGCAGAACUUGUUCCUAGCAUGCAGGAAUUGACUUCUUGGGCUAUAGAAGGAACAGACGUGGUGGAUUUCGAAAAAUGGUUGUACAAUGGGUACUUUUGGCUUUUGUUUAGUAAAUACAUUGAAGACAUCGACAUGCUUUGGCAAGAUGUGUGGACCGCGUUGGAUUCUGUGUCUGCAAAGAAGGGAGAGGAGAAAUUUCAGAGGGACAAAGGCGCUUUGAGGAGCCGAAAGUUAUAUCUGUCGGAUGUUAAAAAGCUAAUCGAAGUGGGGAAGUUGGAUGCCAGUGCCGUCGGUAUGCUGCAAACGGCCGGAAACGGCAAGGUGUAUAUAGGCUACGUUGAUUUCUUCGUCUUGUUGGGUCGACUCGGAGUAUUUAAAACAUAG